AUGUGUGGUGACAGUUGCCGCCCAGCCUUCGGGGGCACCAUUGCGGUGUUAUUUCCGCCAGCCCAGUCCGCCAACUCUGAUGCUGCCCUGUCCUCGUCGCCCCAGUCAAUGGCUGUACAGUCUACAAUCGCAUCAAUGUUCUCCUUCUACCUCUACUUUUUCAAUGGAGAAGGAAAUACAAGGGCCUUUUUCCAAAUGAAAGACGAAGCAACUUACCGGGCCAUGCAAUCUUUUGAGCGUAUCGACAUUCGAAUUGAGAAAUCUGGGGAUAUCACCCAAUCACUAGAAGCUGCUCCCCUCAAGGAGUACAAAUUGGCUCUAGAUCCAAGUAAAGCUGGUGCGGGAGAUUCGAAGGAGAUUGAGUUCAUGUUGCCUUUCAGGCUUGACCUAAACGUUUCAGAGCACGGCGUCAUCGGUCGCCAGGUGACUGUUCGCGAGGUCGGAGGAUCGGUCUUGGCUAUCGGAGUGAUUGGAUACAACUAA